UUUUCUCAAGUCAAAAAACGGAGCACUAAUAUUAAGCUUUCAUCCUACCCCCCCCCCACAAAGCCUCCGCAUUUUUAGACACCACCACAUUCGGUUCCGACGAAGCCUCCAGUAUGAUUUUGGGAAUGUAAAGAUGCCGCAAAGUCACCCGCUUUUUAAACGAUAGCUAUUUAAAUACCCCGCAGUUUUUUUUUUUUGACAUCCAGACUUUAUUAUCUCUUAUGGACAGCAAAGAAGAGCAUCAGCUUGAAAACAUUAAGAGAGUGCCUAGCCAUGACGCCGUUUCUGUAGGAGACUAUAGCCUUGAUCCUGAAGAUGCUAGAUACAAGGAGAUUGAGCGUAAGCUCGUUCGAAAAUUUGAUCUUCGCUUGAUACCAUGCUUCUGGACAAUGUACUUUUUUACAUCUAUCGAUCGUUCCAACGUUGGAACAGCUAUCAUCAUGAACAAGGCUAAAGGUCACGACCUUCAAACUGUCGCGCACUUGACUGGAACACAAGUCUCUCUUGGUGUUGCUCUCUUCUAUGUUGGCCUUGUCUUGUUCGAACUUCCUUCCAAUCUGAUCAUUACGAAAGUGAGAGCUGCAGGAUGGCUCGCUCGCAUCAUGAUCUCCUGGGGUAUCGUUACUACUCUCAUGGUGGUGAUUCGAAAUGAAGCAUCAUACUAUGUUCUUCGCUUUUUCCUCGGGGUCAUGGAAGCUGGACUCUGGCCCGGUAUGGCGAUGAUCGUCUCAAAGUUUUACAAGAAAAGCGAAACUGGUAUUCGCAUGGGACUUUACUUCUUUUCUGCCGCUGUAGCCCUCAUUGUCUCCGGUUUCUUCUCCGCUGCUUUCCAACUCAUCGAUGGACGCGGUAACUUGUAUGGCUGGCAAUGGCUGUUUUUGGUCUUUGGUCUCUUGACCGUCAUUAUCGGCGUGUUUUUCAAUUUCUGGUUACCAUCCACUCCUUUCGAAAAGAAACAGUGGUUGACAGAAGAGGAAAAAGAAGUCGCCAGACAUCGCAUUCAAGUAGACCGUCCGGAUAUUGAAGAAAGACCUCGAAUUACUGUUCGUGCUGUUGUGAAUGAAUUGCUGGAUUACAAAGUUUACCUGUUCACCAUUAUCUACAUGUGCACGGUUCUCAUUUCUACCUCCAUACAGUACUAUUCCCAAACUAUGAUCAUACAAAUGGGUUAUACCUCCAUCAAUGUAUCUCUCAUGAAUAUUCCUGUUGGAGUAAUGAUCGCUGUUGGUUGUCUAUUUUUCACCAAAGUUUCUGAUCACUACAAGACUCGUUCGCUUCCUUACAUUGUCUCCAUUCUCCUUACUGCUGUUGGAUUCGCCAUCCUCUCCUUUACACACUCAAACGCUGCUAGAUAUGUUGGUCUUUUAAUAACAGCCUUUGGAAUGGGUCCAGGUGUCCCAUUAUCCAUGUCAUGGGCGACAAAUUCCAAGGACAAGGAACUGCCACUUGCUAUAAGCUUGGCUCUCAUCUCUGCACUUGCCCAACUUGGAACUAUCUUUUCCACUUUCUUUCUCUACGCUGGAUGGCCCUCUGAUGCACCCAAAUACAUUGGAAGCAACAGUGUCAAUAUUGGUUUAGCUGGUCUUGGUGCUUUUGUAGCGUUGAUUCUUCGUCUCGACCUACAACGCUUGAACAAGCAGAUUGAUAGACAUGGCGCAACCAAGGGUGGUCGAACCAGCAAAUAUCUUUUGUAAUUUCUCU